AUGACAGAGCGGCUCAGGAACAUGGGCUGUCACUGCCGAUCCUUUCUUAUUGUGUCUUCUGCUAGCCCUUCCAACGUGGGUUUGGCUUCGCAGUCUAAUUUUCUUGAUUAAUUGAGGAUUACAUUCAGAAAACUGAAUUAUUGGAAGUGGUUUUCAGUCUAAACGAGACCAAAUUUCCAAUAUCACAAAUUAUUAUACAGAGCAAGAUUGGCUUUUCUUUCAUUGCAAAGCCGACUUGUAAAGGAUAAGGCAGUGACUUACGUGUUUCGGAUCACUUUUGAUAUUAGCUAUCUGAAUGAUAUCAUUAACUCCGUGAAAGAAGAAAACACCAGAAGAUACAAGUAAUGUUUUGCUUCCAUUGCCCCCCGGCUCUCCACCCUGCUGCGGCCAGACAGUUUGGUGUAGAUUUGUCCUAUCAGCACCACCACCAUCCUUAUGCUGGAUAUGGCCUAGGUAACGAUUUUCAAGAUGACAAUUUUGCAAGAAGGAAACAGAGAAGAAAUAGGACUACCUUUACUCUUCAGCAGCUAGAGGAAUUAGAAAAAGCCUUUGCACAAACUCACUAUCCAGAUGUUUUUACACGGGAAGACCUGGCAAUGAGGAUUAAUCUUACUGAAGCUCGGGUUCAGGUGUGGUUUCAAAAUCGUAGAGCAAAAUGGCGAAAGAGCGAGAGGUUUACGACACAGCAGUCUAAAUCAGGGACAUCUAGUCAAAAUGAUGUAGCCGAGGGUGAGUUGUCGGAGGGUGAAGAAACAAAACUUGAGGAUGAGUUGGAAGUUGAGACAGUAACGAGCACCGAGUUAACCUAUGAGAAUGAUUCGCAAGCUGCAAAACUUCUGGACGUUAUUUCAGGGGAGAAUGAGGGGACCUCGUCAGAAACUAAUUGUUUUAAAUCAGACGAACAUACAUCUCAAAAGGAAGAAGAGUCCUCAGAUUUAGAAAUCUCAAUCUCAAAUAAAAAUGAGGACGAGAGUCAAAGAAUAAAAGAAAAACCAGAAGAUGCUGAUAGUGAUAAUGUGAUUGUUACAAAUGACGUCAAGGACGAAGACAAUGAUGACGUCAUACCCACUCCCAAUAAUAUCCAAUCACCUAGCAGAAUCCCUAGUUCUUUACCUAGUUUAUUUUCUGGAAUGCACAACAUGUGCUCUUCAUCAUCACUUUUGAUGAGCAUGGCCAGCCAAUCACAAGACAGCAUGCUCUUACAGAAACAGCAACAAUUCAUGCAGCCCUCUUUUGUUCAGACACUUCUGGCUCUUAACAACAAUGUUGUAAACAGACAGUCAAUGCUACCAUUUAUGGAGGGGUCCGCCUACAAGAAUUAUCUGGAGAACUAUCUAAAUUCACCAAGACAUUACCUUCCUCCAGUUCCGCAUCCUGCUUUCAAAGGAUGUUUACCGUUUUGUGGUUGCUGUUCUCGGCCUGGUUGUCCUCCAAGGGUUGUUUCCUCUGACCAGAGAACGUCAAGUGUUGCUGAACUGCGCAGGCGUGCACGUGAGCACUCGGAGUCCAUUACUUCUACGUCAUCGCUACAAGAACAAUUGAAUUCUCGGACAUGUCCGUAACAACUUUUUACGAAUUUUCAUAUCCCUAUCCUAGUAUCUAUCAUUUUUAUGAGGAUUUGCUUUAAAAAAAAAUCCUAAGAGCCAUAUUAUAAACUACAGUGUAUCUAUAAUUAUUGCUACUCAUCCAUAUAUUUCACAACUGACUGUAAAUUUUGUUAUUAUUUAUUAAACAU